AAUGGCUGAAUAAACAUAAGAUAAAUAAUUCAAAGGUGUUAAAAAGUUCACCUACAGAGGCUUAUAACUUGAAGAGCUUGUUAAAUUACCCAUGGAUAAAUUGGUUGAAUAAUUCAGAGCAAGACAAAGAAGAAGAAUUUCUAAUUAAGGAGAGAAGGUGCAUGCUUUCUAAAACUUAAUGAAGAAAGUAGAGAAUAAAAAUUAAUUUAUUUAGAUUCGUAAAUCCAAGAAGGAGACAUUACCAGGAGAGAAACCAAAACCAGUUAAGACUCAUUAAAGAAAUACAAUAGUUGUUCCAGAAAUGGUUGGAUCAAUCGUAGGUGUAUAUAAUGGUAGAUAAUUCAGCAAUGUAGAAAUUAAGUUUGACAUGAUUGGCAGGUAAUAUAGAAAUGCAAAAACAUAAAAUUAGAUAUUUGGGUGAAUUUUCAUUGACAUAUAAACCAACAAGACACGGAAAGCCAGGUGUUGGUGCCACAAAGGGAUCUUAACAUACAGAUUGAUA